AUGGGUGAUGAUCUGACAGAAUAUCCUUCGCGUCGAUUACGUUUACAGGAAUGCCAGUUUUGUGGACGUCAAUUUAAUGUAGAGUCGCUGAAUAAACAUCAAAGUAUUUGUCGUAAAGUUUCAAAGAAAAAACGAAAAACAUUCGAUGCCGGUAAACAACGAGCUACUGGCUCGGAUGUACCCUAUAAAGCAACGAAAAAAACAGCACAGGUUUAUAGUGGCGAAACUCGAGCGCAAGAUGAACGAUCUAAAUAUGGAUCGAAGCCCAAUUGGAGAGAAAAGCAUAGGCAAUUAAUUCAAUCUAUUCGAGAGGCUCGCUCCGUGACUCUUGCCAUGAAGCAAGGAGGACCAUUACCUGCUUUUCGGCCAAGUGAAGUUCCAUCAGAUUAUGUUAAUUGCCCGUAUUGUCGUCGUAAUUUUAAUCGACAUGCAGGUGAACGACAUAUUCCAUUUUGCCAAGGGCAACAUGAACGAAAAGUGCCGCAACCUUCACGCCCUAAUCAACAACUUGAGAGGGGACGAACUUUGCCAACGCAAAAACCAUCUCAGGAUCGCCCGCAACAGUCAUAUAGUACAAGUGCAUAUUCAGGUCCACAUGAUGCUUAUAAUAAUGGUUAUAAACAUAGCAAUUCGGCUCCCAUGAUUGCUCGCCGGAAUCCGCCGGAAUAUCAAAAAGCACCUCCACCACCACCACCACCGGUUAAAUCAUCGGGUGGUGGUGGUUGGAGUUUACGCAAAUUUUUCGGUUUCGAAUCUAAGCCAGAAACGCCACCUCAAUCGAAUUACUACGCAACUGAAGAUGAUGAUUAUUAUGAACCAUCGAAGCGUCGUGGCCCUCAACAACCAAUACUUAUGCGUACGGGACGAACACAAGAAAAUACAAGUUUAAAUGUAAGCGCUCGUCAACGAAACGAUGAAGGAAGUUCAUAUAUCCGGCGAGCAUCACCAGCAAGAGCGGCUCCUUCUUCCUAUGGUGAACCAAGAUAUCAAUAUCGCAAUAGUCAGCCUAAUCCUAAUAGACCAACAGCUGUUGGACGAGCACCACCACCGCCACCCACUUCAGUUCGAUGUGGUGACUGUGGCAGUAUGUUUAAUAAUGCCUCGGCAAGAUAUUGCCUUCAUUGUGGUUCGAGACGCUAA